AUGGGCGAGUUUACGAUACGAGUGAAAACGCUCGACGGUCAGACAAACGAAGUGACUCUUGUCGACACCUCGACCGUACUCCAGCUCAAGGAGCUGAUCGAGAAAAAGACUCAAAUCGCGAAAAACCGGCAAAAAAUCAUCUAUCGGGGGCGAGUGCUCACAGACAACCUCUUACUGAAAGAUCAGGCUGAUAUAAAUGGAUCUGCAGUUCACGUAGUCGACUCAAAUAGAGUUGUAAAUUCAAGGGCAGAUCAGACCAGGCAACAGCCAAAUGGGUCAGGCAGCAGCAGAAGCAGAAAUUCUGAUCGACCAAGAGGACGAGAACGCUACAGAACUUCGCAUAGGACUUCUGCUGCAAGGGAAGGACUACGAAGUCGACUCUAUUCAAUGGAAACUUGGCUCGCUCGCUUCGAAGGUUCUCUUACGGCUUUAGAUAGAGGUGCUACUCCAGAAGACUCUCGGCAAUUCGCAAAUGAGCCAGACCCGCCAAAUCCGGCCGAGAUGAACAAUCCUAUUCCGGUGACAGAUCUCGCAUCAAUUGUAAAUCGCGCUGCUGACAGCAUUGAACGCUUUCCAGCUGCUCUGAGACGUCUACACACGUUCAUAUCCGACGAUCCCAAUCAAGCGGGAUUGCUCGGUUCUCUUAUGGCAUUUGAAGGUCCAGCUGGAGGGUCUCAAGGUGAUGAGUCCAUGACUGGUUCAAGUGCUGACGCUACAUCAAUAUUCACGAAUCCACCGCAGCUGCUGAUUUCAGAGCAAAUCCCCUUUCCAACGCAAGGAGUGUCGCAACUGGCGCAGCAAAGACUAGCCGAGCAGUUCAAUCGUUUCCGAGCUUCGAUGCCGGACCCAAUUAUUCCAGUCGUUGGAGUUAACUCUGCUGCUCCCGCCUCCGGAGGUCCACCAGCAGCUCCAGCACCAACACCAGCUGCUGCUCCACCACCCGCUUCUGAACAAACGCAACAACAGCAGCAACCAUCAGCUGCAGCGCCAAAUAAUCAAGCAACAACGGCGAAUAUAAAUAUCACAGCGAGUAUCACGCCAAAUGUACAAAUAAAUAUCCGCCUUCCUCGCGAAUCGUCUCGAGCGAGACCAUCUGGUGCUGCCAGUCGCAGAGUUGUGCCCAGAAAUGAAGCUAAUGGCACCUCGACAGCUGCUCCAGCUGCUAGUAACGGGAGUGAAGGUAACCGGACAUCUACUGCAGCGCCGCCACCACCUCCGGUAAUGCCUGAUCAUUUGUCCUCAAUGCUUCCUCGUGAUAUCUUGAACGAGAUCACCAGAUCUGUCAAUAGAUUCAAUUCUUCUGGCGAUCCCGUUGUUAUUGAAUCUAUGGGCCAGCCGAAUCAAGAAGUGGGAAGAAUAGUCGGCGAAGCGGUAUUCCAAACAUUGCAAAACCUCUAUUCCAGCGAUCAAAGACCUGGAACAAGUUCAAUUGAAGUUCUUGCUUCUCGCAUGCCCCCUCAACACUCUGCAAGAGGCGAAUCUCAGCCAAUGCAAUGGAACCAACCAACACAGUUACCAGUUGACACACCACCAGUAAAUUUGUCAAAUGGAAGUUUCGGGAGCAACCCGCCAAGGCGAACAAGACAGGCUCCUCGACAAGCGCCCUCUCCCCCUGAUUUCGACAGCUUCCAGUUCACUGCAAAAAAUAAUGAAACGUUGAUGGGUUUCCUCUUCGGCGAAGUUGAGGAUAGCUGUCGAAAGACUGGAAUGUCUGGAGAAGAAGCGAGCCUUUGGGAUAAGAUAGUUCAGCAUGUUCAAAUCUUCAAACUUCCGCUAAAAGCUGCAUUAGACCUUUUUGCGAACAAAUCCAGCUGCCGGAAAGAAUUCAAAGACUUGGUUAGCUUGAUCAAGUCGAACAAAGAUCAUGUGACCGCUGCAUUCAAAGCUUUUAUUGAAAGGAUUUUUGCGAAUGAAGCUCCAAUUGCUGAAGCUAAUAUUCUCGAAUCUAAUUUGAGGUGA